UUGCAGCAUACGUGCCGCAGUCACACAUGCCUUCCGCUAGAUAUAAUAAAGUCGCUUGGUAAAUCAGAGUUAAAAACUAAACAGUGGUGUCUUUAUGUGUGACGUUUAAUUCGCGCGACAGCUUUAAGAGUGGUCGAGGGGGACGAGCGCAAGAAUUUGAGAUUUCACUUGAGUGUGAAGUAAAAGGCAGCGCAAGAUAUGAAUUCCAAACCCUACGCUCCUCAAGAGGCACGGCAGAUUGUGGAGUCCCUGAAACAGCCUGCUGUUUUCUCUAGCAUGGCAUCUGAUUGGCCGGCACUUAAAUGGAAUGUGGAAUAUUUGGCGGGAGUUCUAAGAGAUAAACCAAUCCAAUUCCGAAUUGGAAAGAGGCUCAGUGAAAAAGCUCCCCAGUUUGAGACCCAGUGCUCUUAUAUAGAAGCCACAUUGCAAGAAUUCCUGUUUUGGGGUCAAGGACUGGACGGUGCUAAAUCUGGAGCGCUGAGUGGCUGUUUGCCCUCGGAGAUGUGGGCCUACGCCGACUACAAAUACAUCGCCAUGUUGUUCGCAGAGCAAGCCUCGUUAUAUCAGGACAUAAAGUGGUCGGAUUUUGGAUUUCCUGGUAGAGAUGGCAGAGCGAGUACACUGUGGAUUGGAACGGAAGGUGCAAACACGCCAUGUCACCUUGACACCUACGGGUGUAACUUGGUGCUUCAGGUGCAAGGAAGGAAACGAUGGCUCUUAUUUCCUCCUGACGACACUCCAUAUCUUUAUCCAACAAGGAUUCCCUACGAAGAAUCGAGUGUCUUCAGCAAAGUGAACGUGGCCAAUGCAGAUCUCCAGCGCUUUCCUGCUUUUAUCAAUUCCAGGGCACAUGUGGUCACACUACACCCAGGACAGGUCCUUUUCAUUCCCAGACAUUGGUGGCAUUACGUGGAAUCCAUUGACCCCUUUACUGUCAGCAUUAACUCCUGGAUUGAAAUGGAUGUGGAUGAUGAAGUUCGGGUGGAGGAAGCCAUCACCAAAACUGUAGUCUGUGCCUUAAAGUCGGCUCCCAGUUUGGAUAAUGCAGACAACUGGCUGAAUCCCACUGAGGAUGAGGCCACGUCCCAUGAAGAGAAUCUGCACUACCUCAGUCUGGCAGUUCAGACAUGUCUGGAAAAGAAGAAGCACCGGCACCAAGCACAGGCUGACACCGCAAGUGAAGCAGGGUCCCCCGGUCCAACCAAGAAAAGAAAAAGGGGCUGCAGCUGCUAUCAGGCGGAAAGAGGAACAGCAGACAUGGACGGGUCUGCGCACACCUUUGGGCCGCACCUCGUUCUUGUACCACAGGCAGCAAACUUGCAAAAUGUGGACGUCGCGUCUGAAACCUGCAACCGCAGAAGCUCUAAGUGUAGCUCACCUCACAGGCAGGGUGACGGCCACAGCUGCUAUGAACUCAUUUGUGACAGGGCGGCUGAAAGUGGCAAACCUGAGCCGGUGACGUCAGAGCCCGGUGGUCAGACAGGUGACACUUCAGAGGUGACCACAAACCUGCUGUUAGACUGCCUGCUACACCCUGAUGUCAUCUCUUUGGUGACAAAGUUGCUAUUAGACAAAGCAAAUGGUCAGUGAAUCAUGCGGCAGCCGGACGCCUCAGCUGGUCACUUCCACUUGUGCAGAUUCAUACUGACCGCCGAACGUCCCACCGGGUUUUGAAACAGAAGCUUGAAAAAUGGAAGGUAAUUAUUGGAAGAAGAGCUCAAAUGCUCACCCAUGAGGGGUCUGUCACAUCUUGACAUCGGCGACAGUCGGUGAAGGUUUGACUGACUGAGGAUGGACAUCCCACAACCGAGAGGGUCCCUUGUAAAUUCAGCUCUGUUAACCCUUCAGCUUGACUUUUUUUUAUCAUUUUGAAAGUUAUUUGUAGAGACAUUUUACAUUUAUUAAACAUUUACCACAGUUAGUGAGGAAUCCAAGUGACAUCUGGUGACAUUCUGUGGUCACUUGCCCAUCAUGGGAGCCCUGAGCUCCUCUCAGCUUUGACUCCGGCUGUUUGUCUUGUUUUGCUCCUUUGCGUUGACACAUCUUUCUGCUGAUG